AUGGCAAGGGAGAUUUCGGUGCGACAGCUGUCUGGUACAAAUGAGGCAUUCGAAUUCCUGCCCGACAUGACUCUCCGCGAGUUUAAGAAGCAGCUGCACGGGUGGCUGCCCUGCGCAGAUGAAUCAAAGCGCAGCAUGAGCUGUGUGGAGGUGGUUGUUGGGGACACGCCCUUGUUAAACAACGAGGAGAUGCUGUCGGAAGUCAUUCCAGGUGCAGAAGUUCUGGCUUUCCUCAGCAUCAAGCCGGUGACGUGCUCAAGCUUUGUAACGGCUGGCUGCGACCCUGACGAUAUUCGUGUGGUGGAAAUUCCAGGGGGCAAGGCUGGAGUUGGACUAUGUGCCUUCCAAGGUUGCAGCUCAUUGGCAAGCGUGACCAUUCCAAACUCUGUGACAGUGAUAGCAUAUUGUGCCUUCCAAGGUUGCAGCUCGUUGGCAAGUGUGGCCAUCCCCAACUCCGUUACUCACAUAGGAGCUGUUGCCUUCCAAGGUUGCAGCUCAUUGGCAAGCCUGACCAUCCCCAAUUCUGUCACUGAGAUUGGAGAAUCUGCUUUUGGAGGUUGCAGCUCAUUGGCAAGAGUUGCCAUCCCCAACUCUGUCAUUAAGCUUACAGAUAAUUCCUUCCAAGGUUGCAGCUCGUUGGCAAGCGUUACCAUCUCCCACUCCAUAAAUGUGAUAGCAAAUCGUACUUUCCAAGGUUGUAGCUCACUGGCAAGCGUUGCCAUUCCCAACUCUGUCACUGAGAUUAGAGAAUCUGCCUUUGAAGGUUGCAGCUCAUUGGCAGUGGUGGAUAUCCCCAAUUCUGUGACGGAGAUUGGAGAACGUGCUUUUAAAGACUGCAGCUCAUUGGCAAGGAUUGCCAUCCCCAACUCUGCUACUGCAAUUGGAGAAGGUGCUUUUGAAGACUGCAGCUUAUUGGCAAGCGUGGACAUCCCCAAUUCUGUCAGUGAGAUUGCAGAGAGCUCCUUCCAAGGUUGCAGCUCAUUGGCAAGCGUUACCAUCCCCGACUCGAUAUUUGUGAUAGGAUAUUGUGCCUUCCAGGGUUGCAGCUCGUUGGUAAGCAUUGCCAUCCCCAAUUCUGUUACUGAGAUUGGAGAAUGUGCCUUUAAAGACUGCAUCUCAUUGUCAAUCGUGACCAUCCCCGACUCUGUUGCCAUGAUCGGAAAUGAUGCCUUUGCCGGCUGUAGCUACGUUUUGCCAGAGACAACACGACACAAACUGGACUGCGAUGGGAGUCUUUGGUGGGACCUCGGCCACGCCUGUUGA